CGAUGCUCCUCCCCUAAACAACUUAACCUCCCCUCCACCUCCCAAUUUCUGAUCUGUACCAGAGCCAGCGUGCAUCCAGUUGCCUCUUAGCCGAGCGGUUAUGCUACCGGGACGCUCCGCCGUGAAUUCGCAGGGAGCUCGGGCAGAAGCUGAAGGCGGGAGCCGGCCCUGAGCUGCUGGGAACGGGAGCGCUUCUCAUCCCGGCCAACAGCCGUGCAAAGCAAGGAUGGGGCUGUGGGAGGAGGCAGCUGCCCCGCAGUGCUCCGAGAGCCCCCGCAGAGCCGUGCCCCGACCCCGGCGGGCAGCACCGCGCUCCGGGCAGCUUUGAAGUAAGAGGAGACGGCCGUGUUUAGAAAGGCGAGAGAUGAACUGAAGAUUAAACAUGUAUGGGAAUUAUCCUCACUUCAUUAAGUUUCCUGCGGGCUUUGGCAAUUCCCCUGUUCACGCCAGCUCCACGUCUGUGAGCCCAUCAUCCAGCCUGUCCGUGGGGAGCACGGUGGACGGACACCACAACUACCUCGAGGCCCCCGCAAACGCCUCCCGGGCGCUGCCGUCCCCCAUGAACACCAUUGGGUCUCCAGUGAACGCGUUGGGCUCACCAUACAGGGUCAUCGCAUCCUCCAUUGGCUCGCAUCCCGUUGCUCUGUCCUCCUCAGCCCCAGGCAUGAACUUUGUGACCCACAGCCCACAGCUCAAUGUCCUCAACAAUGUCAGCAGCUCGGAGGACAUCAAGCCCUUGCCAGGUCUGCCGGGGAUCGGGAACAUGAAUUAUCCAUCCACAAGCCCAGGUUCUUUAGCCAAACACAUCUGUGCCAUCUGUGGGGACAGGUCCUCAGGGAAGCACUACGGGGUGUACAGCUGUGAGGGCUGCAAAGGCUUCUUUAAGAGGACCAUCCGGAAGGACCUGAUCUACACCUGCCGUGACAACAAGGACUGCCUCAUCGACAAGCGCCAGCGCAACCGCUGCCAGUACUGCCGCUAUCAGAAGUGCCUCGCCAUGGGGAUGAAGAGGGAAGCUGUGCAGGAGGAGAGGCAGCGGAGCAGGGAGCGCAGUGAGAACGAAGCCGAGUCCACAAGCGGCGGCAGCGAGGACAUGCCCGUGGAGAGGAUCCUGGAGGCCGAGCUGGCGGUCGAGCCCAAGACUGAGGCAUACAGUGAUGUGAACACAGAGAGCUCAACGAAUGACCCCGUCACCAACAUCUGCCAUGCCGCUGACAAGCAGCUCUUCACGCUGGUCGAGUGGGCCAAGCGCAUCCCCCACUUCUCCGACCUGACUCUGGAGGACCAAGUCAUUCUCCUGCGGGCAGGAUGGCAUCCUGCUGGCCACGGGCUUGCACGUGCACCGCAGCAGCGCUCACAGCGCGGGCGUGGGCUCCAUCUUCGACAGAGUUUUGACAGAGCUGGUGUCCAAAAUGAAGGACAUGCAGAUGGACAAGUCGGAGCUGGGGUGCCUGCGAGCCAUCGUCCUGUUCAACCCGGACGCCAAGGGCCUGUCCAGCCCCUCGGAAGUGGAGUCGCUGCGGGAAAAGGUCUACGCCACGCUGGAAGCCUACACGAAGCAGAAGUACCCCGAGCAGCCGGGGCGGUUUGCCAAACUCCUCCUGCGCCUGCCAGCACUACGGUCCAUCGGGCUGAAGUGCCUGGAGCACCUCUUCUUCUUCAAGCUGAUCGGGGACACCCCCAUCGACACCUUCCUCAUGGAGAUGCUGGAGACACCCCUGCAGGUCACUUGAGGGUCCAGUUCCCCCCCCCCCCGCCCUAUCCCCACACAGCUCCCACCCCUCUGCUCCAGGCUGCAAGAGCUGCCCUCCACCCUCUGCUCCUUUUUGGUGGGAUUGUUGUGUCAUUGUACAGCUGUAAAUUGUCCCCUCUAUCCCUCCCCCGUGGGGUUGCGGACCCUCUGCCCAGCUAACCACUCACCCUCCUGUACAGAUAAUUGCUUUAAAUUAUUUUUUCACUCUCAAUAAAAGCCAACAACAAAAAAAUAAAAUAAUAUAUGGGAGGCA